AUGAACACGAGGCGGGGUUUCUUCAUUACGACAACAACAACUACUUUUACGACCACACCCAAGGCGCCUGCUGACCAGAUCAAAGGAGCUGACAGCAUAUAUAAGGCAGACAGGAGCACAGCUAGAUCAGAUGUACCUGGACCAUCAAAAUCGAAGUCACUUCACGCCACCAGCCAUUACACACCGCCACACCACUACUACCACGAAAUCAUAAUUAAACUGUUCUAA